AUGGAGUUGUAUGAGGCUUUACCUUUAAGGACUUUUUGUUGUGUCAAAGUAGAAAGAUUGCCUCCUCUGCCUGUUAAGAUAUUACUUGAAUUACGGCACAAUUUUAUCAAGUGUGAUAGUGAAACUGCUCUUGCCAAGUACAGCAAUCGCAAAAGAAAAUCCACUGAAAAUGGACAUGGAGCAACCACUCCACAAAGAAGAGCUUUGUGUGACAAAAAUGAUAAUAAUAAAAACAGCAUUAAUAGCAUAAGGUCAAAUUAUUUGUCGCAAAUUUGUGGUGGAAACCAAGAAUCAAAUGUUGAGAAUGUGAUAAGACCGGUCGACGGCAGUAGUAUUACUUUAUCUAAUUUCAAAGAUAAUUUUCUACCACAAAUGAUUGGCAACGCAGAAAAAUCAGAAACUGUGGCAGAAUUGGCUAACAUAAAUGUACCGAUGCAAAACUGUUGCCAUAAUGUGUUUGACAACUCAAUAAAGUGUAUUGAUGUUCUCAAAACAGCUGAAAGUACGCUCAACAAUAAAUAUGUGUGGAAAAAAGAAAGACAAUUAAGGAUAACUGGGAGUAGAUGUUACAGCAUAUUUACGUACUCUCAAAACAACUGGCUUGAUAAAUCUAGAAGGUAUUUCUGGCCUAAAGAAAUUUCUACAGAUGCUACUCGUCAUGGCAAUGAGUAUGAACCUGUAGCUAGGGAAAUGUACCGUAAACAGACCAAUCAAUGUGUCAGAGAAACUGGUUUGUUUGUAUCAAAGACUGAACCAUUACUAAGCUUGGACUGA